CAGAGACGCUUCUAGCGCUCCUCUAUCGGGGGCUGUUAUAGCCAGAGUCGUGAGAGAGGGUCCUGUGUUGCACUAGCAAGGGUCAUGAUGCCGUUCUAGACAGCGACUCCCUUUCUCCUGUCCCCGCAUGCACUCGGAUCCCUUGUCGCGAAGACGAUAUUUCUGGUGGGCCUCAUUGAGUGUGACACGGCGUCGGGCGCCCGUAGGCCCGCGCUAUUCAGGCUUCUGCGUUUCCCACGGAAGUGUUAGAAGAUCACUGAAAUGGGAUGGUCUGUUAGAAGCAAAUUUAUUAGAUCCUUCAGAAAUUACAAGGAAAAAAAGUAUUACAAAUUAUUCUCCAACAACUGGAACUUGUCGAAUGAGCCCAUAUGCUUCUCCCACAAGCUCUAAACAACAAGUUCUCAAAAAUGGACCAUCAAAUGAAACAAAGAAAAAACUGAAUGUAAGAUCCUUUAAAAAGAAUUAAAGCUCUGAAAAUGACUUAUUCAUGGUGUUGCUGUCUAAAGUUGAGAAAUCAUCAGAAGAAAUCAUGGAAAUAAUGCAAAGUUUAAGUAUUACACAGGCUUUGGAGGGCAGUAGAGAGCUUGCAAACCUCAUUGGUGUCUCCUGUGCAUCAUGUUUCUUAAAAAGAGAAAUGCAGAAAACGAAAGAACUAAUGACAAAAGUAAUAAAACAAAAAUUGUUUGAAAAGAAGAGUGCAGGACUUCCUAGCAAAGAGUUACGUCAUCUCAACAGCUAUGAAUUCCUUAAAGCCAUUCUAAAUUGAGUUCCUGUGGAUUCAGCAAUACAGGCAUUUAGAAGAAAUGCACUCGCUAUGAACACCAAGUUCUGCAUCUGCCUGAUCAUAUUUAAAGGAACAGAAGACACGUUUGUAAUUAAUCUGCCCAGUAAAUACCAGAUCAUAGCACUCGGCAGGUGCGUGUCUAGAUAAAAUUUCUUGCAGCUAAUUUAAACUUUCUACACACAUCAGUAGAUAAUCUCAAUGUAAAUAAUACAUUUCUUCUUGACCCUUUAAUGAGUAAGCCAACAUGUAGACAAGGAUCUUGACUUAUAUUCUGUAUCAUGUACACUUCUGUAUGCGUUU